AUGUGCCUAUUUGUGGAGACCCACUACUCCAAUUGCAACCAUAGGUGCUUCGAGCUCUACCUCUUUUGCCAUGAAAUCCUCAACCAACUAAAUCGCAUCAACGACCCGGACCAGCUCAGAAACUACGAUUUGCCAUUCGACCCUGAUUGUCCCACCUGCCACCCAUACACAAUCACUAUGAGAGCAACUCAGCCGGAUAUGAGUUAUCUGAGUGUGAUUUCGGAGAGCAACAUUGUGCACCAGAUGAUGGAUUUGGUGGAGAGCUGCCCUGAUUGCAAUACAAAGGGCGUGUGA